GAUUUUAGAGUGGUUGGUAGAAUCGAUUGAACUUCUUGAACCAUUGGAUAUUGGGAGGAACUCCAGAUUCUUCGUUUUUAAAGAAACUAAAUGUGUGAGAAAUUUACAGAAUGGAGGAUGAAAAGGAAAACCUCUUUUUUGAGCCACAUAAAAAGGUACUGUUGAAAACACCCCUGGAAGAGUCCACGACCCCAAAUAUAGGAUUGGUCGAGAUUCAGCCCAACUUUGGCCCUUUAACGACGCCCACCAAAGCCAAGGAAAUCUCCGAGGGUGAACCGUGGACACCCACUGCCAACCUGAAGAUGCUCAUCAGUGCUGUGAGCCCUGAGAUCCGCAGCAGAGAUCAGAAGAGGGGGCUAUUUGACAACAGAAGUGGACUGCCUGAGGUCAAAGACUGUUUACAUGAGCAUUUAUCUGGAGAUGAAUUUGAGAAAUCCCAACCAAGUCGGAAAGAGAAAAGUUUAGGAUUGCUGUGCCACAAGUUCUUAGCUCGAUAUCCCAACUAUCCCAACCCUGCUGUGAAUAAUGACAUCUGUCUGGAUGAAGUAGCGGAGGAAUUGAAUGUUGAACGUCGACGUAUUUAUGACAUUGUGAAUGUCCUGGAGAGUUUGCACAUGGUGAGCCGCCUCGCCAAAAACCGAUACACCUGGCAUGGGAGGCACAAUCUCACCAAAACACUUGGAGAUUUGAAGAGUAUUGGGGAGGAGAACAAAUACGCCGAGCAGAUCAUGAUGAUCAAGAAGAAAGAAUAUGAGCAAGAGUUCGAUUUUAUCAAGAGCUACAGUCUAGAGGAUCAUAUCGUCAAAUCAAACACUAGACAAAAUGGACACCCAGACAUGUGUUUUGUUGAGCUCCCGGGAGUGGAAUUUCGGGCAGCUUCUGUAAACAGCCGCAAAGACAAGUCUUUAAGAGUGAUGAGCCAGAAAUUUGUGAUGCUGUUUUUGGUGUCAACGCCUCAGAUAGUAAGCCUAGAAAUUGCUGCCAAGAUUUUAAUUGGGGAAGACCAUGUGGAAGAUUUGGAUAAAAGCAAAUUUAAAACAAAAAUAAGGAGGCUGUAUGACAUAGCGAAUGUUCUGAGUAGCUUGGAUCUUAUCAAGAAAGUGCAUAUAACAGAGGAGAGAGGCCGAAAACCAGCUUUUAAAUGGACAGGCCCAGAAAUCAGUCCGAAUCCCAGUGGACCCAGCAUGGCCGUUCCUUUGGAGCCCUCGGAUUUGGAGAUGAGACGGUUCUCAAAGGAGAAUUGUGCCAAAAACCUCUUCUCUACACGUGGGAAACCGAAUUUCACUCGACACCCAUCUCUUAUCAAGCUUGUAAAGAGUAUAGAAAGUGACCGGAGAAAGAUAAAUUCUGCUCCCAGCAGCCCCAUCAAGACCAAUAAAGCAGAGGAUUCUCAGAAUUCAGCACCUUUCCCAAGUAAAAUGGCUCAGCUCGCGGCAAUCUGCAAAAUGCAGCUAGAAGAGCAAUCAAGUGAACCCAAGAAGAAAAUGAAAGUGCAGCUGGUGAGAUCUGAGCACUGCAAACAAGUGGCCCCUCUGGACACAUCAGCAAAUGCUGAACUGGAGCUGACAAUCCCAUCUCUCAUCCAGCCCCUGGGGGUGGUCCCCUUGAUCCCCAGCCCACUAUCAUCAGCGGUGCCCGUGAUUCUACCUCAGGUCCCUUCGGGCCCAUCCUAUGCCAUCUACCUGCAGCCCACUCAAGCCCAAGCUGUGACACCACCCUCUGGCCUGAGCCCUUUGAUGUGCCCCACCUCCUCUUGUAAAGCUACUGCAUCAAAGGAUUCCAUGGACAUCACUACCGAGAAGGUACCCGGUGAUGCUGCAAAGCCAAGUGCCUCCCCCAAACCUGGGAGCUCGCUGCCAGCCCCAGACAGACAAGCCGUAAAGGGCAGGGACAAGGAGUCUAUUGGAGAAAGAGGCUCAAAGAGGGCACACAUGGUCGAGGACAGUGGUUCCCAAAAGAAAUUUAAAGAGGACCUGAAAGGACUUGAAAACGUCUCCACAACGUUAUUUUCAUCGGGAUACCUAAUCCCUCUCACCCAGUGUUCAUCCCUGGGCUCAGAGUCCAUUUUGUCUAGUAAAGAAAACUCAGGUACACUUUCCCCAAACCACAGCCUCUACAGCUCCCCGAUUGCAGGUGUUAUUCCAGUGACAUCAUCUGAACUCACUGCUGUUAAUUUUCCCUCUUUUCAUGUCACACCUUUGAAGCUAAUGGUGUCACCAACUUCCAUGGCAGCCAUACCUGUCGGGAGCAGCCCAGCUCUCGCUUCGGGCCACCCUAUUCCUGUCCAGAACCCGAGCUCGGCCAUUGUAAACUUUACCCUGCAACACCUGGGACUCAUCUCCCCUGGUAUGCAGGUGGCUGUCAGCCCUGGACCUGGGGCUGUCCCUGAGUCUCCAAGAAUAGAGGGUGUUCAUAUCUUACCAGAAAAUGCAGGCUCUCAGCAAGGAAGGGCCACCAAAUAUGACUCACCAGUCCCAGGCCAGAACCAACCAAAUGGACACUCAGUUGCUGUUUCAGGGGCACAACCUGUUCCAGUGACACCCAAAGGCUCACAGUUGGUGGCUGAAAGUUUCUUCCGUACCCCUGGUGGACCCACCAAGCCAGCAGACUUAUCCUGCAUGGAUUUAGAUGGUGUCAGUCGGACCUCAUUAGGAACGCCCUCUGUCCCACAGCGGAAACUGGAAGUCUCAACUGAGGACGUCCACUAA